AUGGCGAAAUCGAAGGCUCCGACCCCUCAAGAAAUUUACCGCGCCAAAAAGCAGCAGGAAGAGCAGGAACGACUGUCGUUGCUGCCUCCCGGUCUAAUCAACCAUGGAAAUACUUGCUUCAUGAAUUCUGUGCUACAAGGACUCAUCGCAACCCGUCUCCUAUCGCAAUUAGUACACUUCGAACCAAUUCCAUCACAGGUUCAAGAGCACUCUAACACGUUGCUUGCCUCACAAAGAUCGCCGCAGCUCACGAAUGGACAUGAAUUAGGAGGUAUAUAUGAACAAAAGUGGGAUAAUUCGAUGCCCAUCGGAGACGUGUUCAUCAGUAUCAUGUACCGUGCUUGGGAAGCACAGCGGCUACGGAAGCGGGAGAGUAUGAGUCCUCAACAAUUACUCGCCACAUUAGGACGUAAAUACGAUCAAUACAUGGACUUCGCGCAGCAGGAUGCUCAUGAAUUCUUGCGCAUAUUGUUAGAUGCUAUGAGGAUGGAAGAGUUCGAUGUAAUUAAGAAACGCCAACCACCUCCUUCUCCAGGCAACAAACGUCAACCUCAGCGCCGCUCCACAAUCAUGCCUACCAAUGUUCAUUCUGUCCUCGAUGAAUCUGAUCACGACCAGGAAGCCGAAUCCACCCAGCUUACAUCUCUGUCUGACAUGCUUUUUGGCGGACAACUUACCAGCAUUCUUGUUUGCCAGAAGUGCAAGAACGUCUCACAAACCUACGAGGAUUUUAACGAUUUAAGCUUAAGCAUCAAGGCAGAGGAUUACGCAAAGGAGAAAAGGCGCGAAAAGUUGAAGAAAUUCGCUCGGAAAAUGGGCAUGGUUGGCGGGAAGAGCAAACGACACACUCCUACCCCUAGUAAUGAACCUCGGAGUCAAUCACCUUCGAAUCUUGCGAUUUCAAUUUCACCUCCCCUACCUAGCGAGACUUCGCCUCCGUCUCACACCUCUCUCGACGCACAUAUCCCAUCCGAACCAAAUACCUCUGGGACCCGGGCUUCUUCUGUCCCUGCUUUUCCGAACGCGAAUGGCGUCGUACAUCAUGAGCCGAUCUUUUCUCCAGAUGAAAGUCGGCGGAGGAGUUUGGAUGGUUUGACGGGCAACAAUACAGCUGCCACUGUCACUGACGACGAAGAUGACGCUGUGAUCAUCGAUGUAUCCACGGAUAAUGAGUCCACCGAGAGGCCUUUGCCUCAUCCGCCUGGUCUUGUCCCGCCCACUUCAGACGAGAAGCAUCUAGAAUUCGUAGACCCGCCCAAGUUAGUACGAUCUGACAAAUCGAAGGACAAGGAUGGCUGGGCCCGUAUUGGACGGAGGAUCAGUAUGUCUGUGGGAAUAGGUAGGAAAGGAAAGGAACAUGCAAAAGAAAGGAGUUCUCGCUCUAGGAAUCGUCGUAGCAUUGAUCUUAGUACAGAACGUGCAAGAUCACCGCCGAAUACUACUGCUGAAACAGUUCGACAACCCGAAAUUCGUCUUUCUCGUCCUUCACUAUCACCAGAAAGACCUCAGUCAACCCCGCCGAUAUUUCUCAAACGGGCGAUAACAUCCCAGGACCAAGUGCCACUUCAGAAGUUGAAACCUCGUCCACAAUCCCUGACUCCAAGUUCUUCCGAAAGUGCCAUCCCUACCUUGAACGGUGUACACAACGAAAUUCAUCGACAUCAUCAUCGGUCAAAAUCACCCAAUCUGCCUAAACCUUCGAAGGACGAAGAAGACUAUCUUCGUGCAAUAUUAGCUGAUAUCCAUACUACACCUGUCUCAGGCGCAAAACCCUUUGACUUUUUGGCCCACUGGACUCAUGGGGACGAUCCACAAGGGUCUGUACCAUCCAGUACAUCGUCAGGUUCCUUGCCAUCUUCCAGUCCCGCAACUGCGUGGCUUGCAAAAUUAGCACAGCUGCCACUGGCUGGAAUAGAAGAAUGUCUGCGAAUGUUCACUGCCGUCGAGGUACUGGACGGAGAAAACAUGGUCGGAUGUAGACGGUGUUGGAAGUUAGCAAAUGGGUGGUACGAGGAGAGGGAAAAGAAGCGGGAAGGAAAACGGGGUCGCGAACGAAUUAGAGAGGAGGACGAAGAGGACGAAUAUGGCAAUGAUGAUAGCGAGGACGAAAACAGUACCGAGGAGGAUAGCGGGGACGAAGAUGAUGAGGAUGAUCAUGAGCGCGGAAGUGAAAGCGAGGAUACAUCGCCAACAACUUCCGGUUCUAUUGAAGAGGUACCUGGCAGUGCCGCGAAUCUACGGACGACAUCGUCUGCUCCAGCCUCGCCAACUUUAACUCAUAAACCGCUUUCCUCGUUUUCCUCGCCGCAUCUGGGCUUGUAUGCUCAUGGAAACAAGAGUGAUGCGUUUUCGGUCAUAUCUUCACCACCAGACGUUGCGGGGAACUCUAAUCUCCAAACAUCAUCCAGUACCACCCCCCAAAGUCUUGUUGAUACAAAUAACCAACAAACGCAGUCAUUCAGAAGGCCCAGCGAUUUGAUUUCGGAAGGUCCCCGCCUACCUUCGAUACGUACCACGACAGAAGAAGAAGGAAGAUGUAGUCCUUCGCUACCUACAGCUAAGCCUGACGAUAAAUCCUUGUUUCGGAGAUCUGAAGUAUUCACGGAUGCUACUCCCUCAACAGACUCUUCCGAACUCUUACAUCUUGUGUCAUCCAGCACGAAUAGUCAUAUUGGGACCGGAAUCAGUGCUUCCACUUCAACGAAUUAUAGUUCCGAUGUGGAUGGCGGGGAAAGCGACACAACGUCGAUAAGCACUACGGCUUCUGCAGCUGCUUCAGGUCAAUCCGUCGAAUCGCUAGCUGACACAUCAAUGACCAAUCCUUCUACUACGCCAAGCGCCGUGUUGUUUGAGACGAAUGGUAACAACGGUCAGCAGCAUCAUCGACCAUCAUCAUCCAAAUCUCGAUCUUCAUUGACGAAGAAGAAUCCCAAGAAGUCUAAAGGCCCAAAACCUGUAAUCAUGCGUCCGGCGUAUAAACGCUACUUGAUCGCUACUCCGCCUCCUAUCCUCGUCAUCCACCUGAAAAGGUUCCAGCAGAUCAAUAAGAGCGCGAUCAUAUCAUUUUCCAGCGGGUUCAAGAAGCUCGAAGAUUAUGUUGCUUUUCCGGAAUAUUUCGAUCUGACACCAUUUCUCGCGCCCAAGAAAGAAGAUUUUGGGCUGGGGAAGCAGAGACAUAUGGGUGCCAGCGGUGUCAAAAGGAAGAGCGAAAGUCAUAAAGAACGGUGUAUGUACCGAUUGUAUGCUGUGGUAGUACACAUUGGCAAUAUGCUCGGAGGUCAUUAUAUCUCUUAUACAGCCCUUCCCAGACAGUCGGACAUGCCUGCAGCAGCUACACAAGUUGAUUCGAUACCUCCCCCACCCGCUGCUGGACCUAGGCAAUGGGCUUAUAUCAGCGACACUGUAGUGCGGCUCACCACGCUGGAGGAAGUCCUCAAAGCCAAAGCAUACAUAUGCAUGUAUGAACGAGUAUGA